AUGCAUCAGCCUCGUGGCCAUCAGUCCUGGCCAGCUAAUACAAAGGUUGUUGGGGAGGUGGUCGGCUUGAUCAGUGAGGGGACGAGCUACAAGGAUUUGGGAAAGCCCUUUGCCAGAUCAUUUCUUCGCUCUGAAAGUCCCCCACCCAUCCUUUUGGCGUCCUUCUUCCUCCUUGUUGUCACUGAGUUUGCGCUCCAUGCACCCUCCCACUGGAGAUGGAGGCCGAUAUCGAACCCCAGAGCGAGAAGGGGUCUUCCAUAUGUUCAGAAGCUGUGUUUGACAGCGAUUCACCCUGAUAGUAACGUGGGGGACGCUAGGUCAGUCGGGGGUAGUAAUGAGGUCGUUCUCGUAGCAGCGGCGGGUGUCAGGAGCGUCGUCGUCAUCGUCAUCGACGACGGUAGUGGCCGUUGUGGACAGGAUGUAAACCAAACAUACCUGGACCCAGGAAUAGAUGCGAGGGAAGUAUGGGACGACGACGACAUAGAAGAGAAAGAGGUGUCGAUCGCGUCACCGGCAGCUGGCCAGCUGUGGAAAUACGCGUGGCUGGACUCGAACUUGAUUUGCAUUAGCACCUAUGGAGUUCUAGGUGUAUUGGAUAUGUCUCCCGCCCCUCCUAUCGCUGUUCUCCUCGUUCUGCGCGUUGUCAUUGGGUUUGCACUCCAUGUGCCCUUCCGCUGCGAGAUGGAGGCCGAUAUAGAAACCCGGACGAUUCGUCCCGAUAGUGAUGUCGGGGAUGUUAGGUCUGUCGGGGGUGAUAAUGGGGUUGUCUUUGUGGCAGCGGCGGGUACCGGGAGCGUCGUUGUCACCAUCGGCAGUGGUGGCAGUGGAAGCGAGGUGGUGCUUUACCUCGUAUGGAGGAAGAGAUAA